AGCAUAUCAGGAAGCGUCAGCAGCGCUGUGGCCUAGUCUAGAUUGUCAUCACGCUAUCAUUCCCUCUUUCUGUAGUCUCGUCUUUUCUUUUCUCACUUGUAAAUAUUUCUAUUAAAACAAAAAGGACCCAAAGAAACAAAUAUAGGAUAGAAUCUUCAUCAUGACGACGGCAGCAGUGUUCGGCUGCACAGGAGCAGUGGGCUCUCAGAUUCUCGCUACCCUCCUCGCCAUAGACUCAUUCUCAUCCGUCAAAACAGUCUCACGGAGACUUCCGAAUGUCCAGUCACCCAAGCUCGAAGCCAUGCAAGAAGGCGACACUUCCAGAUGGGCCGGCAUGAUCUCCUCCUUCUCACCCAAGCCAUCAGUCGUCUUCAACGCUGUCGGCACCACAAGAGCCGCAGCCGGUGGACUCCAGAAUCAGUGGAAGAUCGACCACGACUUGUGUAUCGAGAACGCCCGGGCAGCAAAGGAGGCAGGAGUCAAGACGUACGUGUUCAUUUCGGGUGCAGGCAUUCGAGGAUUUCUCGCUCGCUACCUGCCCUUUUCGAAGAUGAAGAUUGGCGUGGAAGAUGCCAUCAAGGAACUUGGCUUUGAGCAUGCUAUUAUCCUGCGGCCUGGUAUGAUUAUCGGGAGGGAGAAUCCCAAAUCUGCGCUCUUGGAGAACAUCGUGGGAAAUAUGAAUAAGCUGGGACAAGGUGUCCAGGAUAGCUUAGGUCAAGAUCAGACUGUCAUUGCCAGAGCAGCUGUAGCAGCUGCCCGUAUGGCCGACGAGGGGAAGGCCCCGUCGAAAUAUUGGGUUGUGGAGAUGGGUGAUAUUGUCAAGCUGGGCAGAGAUGAGUGGAAGGAGUAGCUCAAUAUGUAUAUAAGUGGCCAUUUAAGUAGCGCUGCUGUGGAACAGUACAG